AUGACCAAGAUAUUCAUCACCGGAGUGACCGGCUACAUCGCCGGCGACGCCUUAGCCACGUUAUAUGCGCAGCAUCCAGACUUCUCUUACUCCGCGUUAGUCCGCAGCACAGAAAAGGCAGACCAAGUCAAAGCAGCAUAUCCGAACAUCCGCAUUGUACUAGGCGAUCUCGAUGAUUCCGCCCUGCUAGAAAAAGAGAGUGCCGCAGCAGACAUCGUCCUACACGCUGCAGAUGCCUCAGACCAUGUGGGCGCUGCGAAGGCAAUCAUCAAGGGCAUAGUGGCGGGGCACACAAAAGAGAACCCCGGAUAUUGGCUACAUACCGGCGGCACGGGUAUUCUGACAUUCGCAGACAGCGACAGCGGGGUAUACGGAAACAAGAGCGACAAAGUCUACGAUGAUUGGGAAGGGGUAGAUGAGCUGCUCACACUUCCUGAUCAUGCAUUCCAUCGUAAUGUGGACCAACUUGUGCUAGAGGCUGGAGCGAAAUAUGCGGAUGUGCUUAAAACCGCGCUGGUUUGCCCACCGACUAUCUACGGUCGAGGCCGUGGACCCUGUUCGCAACGCGGUCGGCAGGUUUAUGAGCUGGCGAAGAUGACGCUGCAGGUGAAAAAGGCUCCUAUUAUUGGUUCGGGCCAGUCAAUCUGGAACCAUGUUCAUGUUUAUGAUCUCAGUGAUGUCUAUGCGUUGCUUGUGGAUUCGGCGAUUGCAGGCCGGACUGAUGAUGGGCUCUGGGGUGCACGGGCUUACUAUCUUACUGAGAAUGGAGAGCAUAUCUGGGGGGAGCUGUCUAGAUCGACGGCUGAGGCAGCCACAACACUGGGGUACCUCCCCGAAGCUAAAGCUGAGCCAAUUGACUUGGAGGCAGCGAAGAAAUAUGCUGGCUUUGAGGCUGUGAGCUGGGGAUUGAAUUCUCGUGGUCGGGCUCAGCGUGCGCGCGAGCUUCUAGGUUGGAAGCCUUCCUGUCCAAGUCUUGUAGGCGAAUUGCCGGAAAUUCUUCAGAGCGAGUGGCAUCGACUACAAAAAUAA